AGUGGGGUCUCGCGGCAGCAGCGGCGGCUCCUCACGGCGCCUUCGCCCGGGAUCUGCAGCCGAGCCCGACGCGGGCCACCAUGUCCGACAACGGCGGGGCCGAAAAGAAGCUUCCGCUGGAGGCCGAGGCGGGGCCGGGGCGGGAGGUGACGACUGCGGAGCGGGCCCCCCCGGACCCCUUCCCCCUGGCGCUGAAGAAGCUGAUGGAGAACCCGCCGCGCGAGGCGAGGCUCGAUAAAGAAAAAGAGAAGGAGAAACUGGAAGAAGAUGAAGCGGCUGCUGCCAGCACCAUGGCUGUCUCUGCCUCCCUCAUGCCCCCGAUCUGGGAUAAAACAAUUCCAUAUGAUGGAGAAUCCUUCCACCUUGAGUACAUGGACCUGGAUGAGUUCCUCCUGGAGAAUGGGAUCCCUGCCAGCCCCACUCACCUGAUCCAGAAUGCACUGUUGCCUGGGAUUGAGCUGGAGGGGAAAGAGUCCACCAGCUCUUCCACAGCUUCUCCAUCAUCAUCUUCCACCAUGGUCUUUCAGCCCUCAGAGACAGCUUCCAGCACAGAAUCCUCUGUGGAAAAUGAAAGAGAGACUCCCAGCCCCAUUGACCCCAGCUGUGUGGAGGUGGAUGUGAACUUCAACCCUGACCCUGCGGAUCUGGUCCUCUCCAGUGUGCCUGGGGGUGAGCUCUUCAACCCUCGAAAGCACAAGUUUGCCGAAGAGGACCUGAAGCCUCAGCCAAUGAUCAAAAAGGCCAAGAAGGUCUUUGUCCCUGAUGAGCAGAAGGAUGAAAAGUACUGGACGCGCCGGAAGAAGAACAACGUGGCUGCCAAGCGCUCCCGGGAUGCCCGGAGACUGAAGGAGAAUCAGAUCACCAUCCGUGCUGCUUUCCUGGAGAAAGAGAACACGGCCCUCAGGACGGAGGUUGCAGAGUUGCGCAAGGAAGUGGGCAAAUGCAAGAGCAUUGUCUCCAAGUAUGAGACGAAAUACGGACCCUUGUAAGCACCAUCCCCUCUCUGUGUUAGACGUCUCUGCCGAGGGACUCCCAGAGCGAGUGUGUGGGGAGGCACUGGGACUCACCACAGCUAGCAGGAGGCCCGCUGCUCCCAGCCUGCCUUGUGCCAGGGCCCUUCUGCCCCAAGGGUGUCCCAGAGGGUGCAUCUGGAGGACUUGGUAACCCCUCACUCUGAGGGGCAGGAUUCCCUGCUGGUGGAGGAAUAAAGGGACUCUCUUUAGAUGGGUGACUAGGGCUCAGCUUUCUACCCUUGGACAUCCCAGUUGGAUUGGAAAGGGGACCCUCUGGAGUGUACAGCCUCCUUUCAUUGAGUGCUCACUCUUUCUUUGACUUUCCUUCCAUUUUAGAUCUGGGCUAACAAGGGCUGCCUCUCUGUGGCAUCUUGGAAUGGUCCCUGGUUUUUCCUGCCCUCACAUCCCAUCAGAUAGCAGGGUGUGUUGGCCAGCGACCUGUCAGAUUCCGAGUGACGUCGCUCUAAAGACUUUUAACAAACGCGAAUGUUAAAAACCACAUGUGAAUCCAUCGGCAGUGGCCAGUGACGUCCAGGAGGCUUGCCACAUCUGGUGAUGAUGACCCACUUGCCUGCCUCUGGGGGUGGCCGGAGGACAGUGCCUCCUUCAGUGCCCCCCGAGGCUUCUGGUUGGAGGUUGGAAAACACAAGAGACACGCAGGACUUCUCCCCGAGUGAGCCGGGCACCUGGCCGGGCAGCCCUCGCCCUGCUGUUGGCGGCAGGGAUAGAAGCAUGGGGGUAACUGCUCUGAUGUGUCUUCGUUUUCCUUGGCCAGAGACGCUCUGGUUUCUUUCUAGGUACAUAGCCAGCUAGAUCUGUGUAUAUACAUAUAGAGACUCGUUUUUAGGAGUAAGCACUGCUAACCAUUUCUUCAUCGUGGUGUGAUUCCAGUUGGUGGGAUCGUUCUCUCCCACCCGCUGAGCCCCGUCCUCAGUCAGGGCCCCAUCCCCCACAGCUUUCUGGAGAAGGAGGGGUGCUGCUAUGCCGAAUGAAAGAUCCCUAGUACAAGCCAGGCAGCAGGAAUGCAGGAGUUGGAUUAGGGCCGAUGCCUUGGACCUGGCAGGCCCUGCGCAACCGUGGCCAAAGAUGAGGGCCCAUGUGGAACCACAAGAGGGGAGGGGGGCCUUGUGAUUUUCUUCAUGGUAACGGAAGGACGCCCUUGACCCCCAGCCACGCCAUUUCUUGUGCCAAGAAGAGGACGCAGAGAUUAAUUCUGUAUUCUGAGAAGAGUUCAGGAGAGCAAAGGAAGGUUAACAACCGGGAUGUGUUUUCUGAGACGUUGGAGGCCGGGUGGGGGCACUCUCAUUGGUGUCUCGGCAUUCUGCCUUCAGCCUCCUUGUGGGAGCUGCUCCAUUUUGGAUCCUUCAGAACUGACAAAUCAUGAGUAAGCUUGAGUGUUAGAAGCUUAUACGUAAAAGAAUGUGUACUGAUCACUUGAGAAGUCCAGACCAAGGUGGAGGCCUGUGGGGAGAAGAACCUGCGGCCCCGCGGGCUUCCUCUGGGGGAGUGGCGCUGGGGAGAUGGUCAGUUAGUUGGGAGAGGCCGCCAGGGGGCUCGGGCCCUCUGGACUCUGCUGCCUGCUCGCUGGGCCCCGAUCACUGUCGCACAGACCACCUUGCAGCUCCUGGACGGGGACUUUGCUCGUAUUUCUGCUAAUGUAGCACAAUACAUUUUUUAGAAAAAUGAAAAAAAAAAAAAAAAGACAGUCGCAAGACAGCUGUUCAUACUGUGUUUCUGGUGCCAGAGGGCCACGUGAUGGAUGUUUAUUUUUCUACGUUUUGGAUAGUCUGGGGCAGGCAGGAGCUGGGAUGGCAAAGGAUGCUUCCCGUCUCCCCUCUGGGAGUGUGUCAGGGGUGUCUGGGAGGUGGCCUCAUUUGGCGGGCAUCUCUGUGUGAGCUUCUAAGGACAAGGCAGGAGGGAAGCCAAGGAAGAAGGUGCAAGCUCGGACCUUCCCAUAUGAUAACUCGUUGGCCUUGUGUGUCCUCGUGUGUAUGUGUUCUGCUUGUGGGGCGAGAGGGAGGGGGUGGGAAUGGGACCUUCCAAAAAACCCAAGGAAUUAAAUAUUUUGAGACAAAUUUUGGUCGGCCUCUUCUGUAUUACUGCUUUCCCUACUCGGCUCGUUAACCCAGAGCUUUCUUCCCCCAGUCCUGCUCUGGCUGCUGCAGCCUUUC